AUGGAAGAUCAUAAAAUAUUAUCGAUUUUAAAACACAGUCAAAACAGUCUUCCAACUGUUCCUCAAAAAACAAUGGAUCCAAAAUUUAUAGUCGUUCUAUUUUGUGUUGAAACAGGUGCUUUAGUUUUCAAUAGUCUUCAUGUUCGAGCAGCGGAAGUUCAUCUUUAUAAUGCUUAUAAUCAAAUACCUGUAAUUUAUAAUAUUUCAUCAAAAUUCUAUUCUUGUUUUACAACAGUUAAUCAUUGCGUUUACGAACAUGAAGAUUUACGUUUUCUUAAAUUAAUACAUUUAAUAUUCAUAUCAAUAAUUGUCUUAUGUUAUUUCUUUCUAUUUAUUAUUAUACUUUGUAAAUUGGAAAAUACAAAAAUUCGAGUAGAUCUUGGCAUAACAUGGUACGGUGCCAUUCAAUUACUAGUUUUAUUAACAUUAGCAUUACAUACUCUUAUAAUGGUUAUUCUUUACGAACGUGAUCAUUUAAAUAUCUAUAAAUGCAAUAAAGAAAGUCGUUUGGUGCGUGGAGAAAAUCUUUUUACAUAUGUGGUACUUAGUAUGCUUGAAGUAGCUUAUAUUGGCUUUGAUAUAUUAAAUCGUCAAGCAUCAAUUCAUGCAUUACAUCAAAAUUUUGAAUAUCGUGCACGUUUCGCUGAACAUUUAUCACCAUCAGAAGAUUAUAACUCUAUGAGUGCAAUGCAUCGCCGACGUUGUUCAUCAACGGAAAGUUUUGAAACUGUUGAUCAAAAUUUUUUAUCCGAGGUAGUCGAAAUUUGA